AUGGCAGAACAGAAACAUGACAAAAGCAUGAACUAUGUCAAGAAGGGGGCAUGGUCUCCUCAGGAAGACCAAAAAUUGAUCUCUUAUAUCAAGAAAUAUCGUAUUUGCAACUGGAGCCAAAUGCCCAAAUUUGCAGGGCUAUCAAGAACUGGAAAGAGUUGCAGAUUAAGGUGGCUCAACUACCUGAGGCCUGAUCUAAAGAGAGGACCUUUUACCUUGGAAGAAACUCAAACUGUGAUCAGAAUGUAUCAUUCACUUGGUAACAGGUGGUCAGCUAUAGCUAAAGAACUGCCCGGAAGAACUGAUAACGAAAUCAAGAAUUUCUACCACACACAUUUAAAGAAGCAGCUGGGGACAAAGGUUAAUCAUGAUCAAGUGAAACCUAAGGCAAUAAGAUCCAAAAAGGCCCAGAAAGCUAAACAAAUGAAGACGCCUUUAUUAGCUACUUGUCCAAUUCAAGGUUCUGCCAGUAUUUCUCGUGAAUCUUUUGAUUUCACCAAGUUCUCCUCUAGUGAUGUCACAUUUGAUGAAAACUACCAAAUAUCGGAUUUCUUAGAAAUGUUGGAUCAAGACAACGAUGCUACUUCAGUUGUCAAUCAAGUUGAAAACAUAGUUAUAUUGGAAAGCAAUCCAGACACAUCCUCGAAUCUUGAUUUUUACAUAAAAGAUUUCAUGGAUGUGAGUGUUCAUUCGUCUAACGUGGAUUUCUGGUUGGAGCUAUAUAUGGCAGCAGACAAUGUGAAGAUCUAGAAGCUAAAUCUA